AGACGACGAAAGCGACCACGAUGAAGGCCAGCUCAAAGCCGGAGAAAGGCACUUCCAUGGGCUCGCGGCUGUGACGUAGAGUCCAGCGUGAGUCCCGGAAGCAAAUAUGAGCACAUCCUAGCGCAAGGCUCGCAAGAGGAGGAGGAAGCUCAAUUUGAAGCGUCUUGCCGUCCUGAUCUUCAGACAAUCGACUCUUCGUUGUACAGGGAAAUGCGCCUCCCUUCAUUAAAAUAACCAAAUAUAUUCACUGCUUCACUUUUGACACAUUGUUCCAGCCUUAUUCCCCCCAAAAAAAUUCACAGCCUAAAUCGUACCUGUAGGACGCCUGCGUUCCUCAUGGAUUAUUCCAGCCAGGGUGAAGAAGCCGAAAACCAAGAGGGAGAAGACGACGGUCAGCUCCUCAAGCUCGCCCAAUAAGAACGCCAUCGUCGUCCAACACUGCAGGCCCGACCACGAGGACGGACGAACGAACGGAGGGAAGCAAGGCGGGAGGGAGGGAGCGGCUGAGUAGUUUCCCAGUUGCCAUGACAACCUCACCCCUAGUCAUCUCCACCGCCGUCUUCUUGAUCUAAUUCCACCAACCGGAUCGGGAAGUGCAAGGUGUCGCGGGACCUGCCUUGUCUCCUUCGACGGCAUGGCCGCCCAUCGAAGGACGGCAAGGCGCGGGGACGCCAUGGGACUAACGCCAACGUCCGUGUGUGCUUGAGUGUGUGUGUGUGUGUGUGUGUGUGUGUGUGUGUGUGUGUGUGUGUGUGUGUGUGUGUGUGUGUGUGUUGCCCGGAAACCGCCAGCAUGCCCGUACACCAGAUCACGGUGGUCCCAGCCAGGGAGAACGGCAAGAGCGGCCCUCGGCCCAAAGACAGGAACGAGGGCCCUCAGGCCAAGACCCCUGGUCGCUCAGGGAGUCGAUCCAGCAACAUCUCCAAGGCAAGCAACUCGACAGCAGGACAAACCAGCGUCUCCAAGACGUCCGUCACCCCAUCUACUCAGGAUAUUUGCAGUGUUGUCCAGCUGACCCGCGUUGAGGAGGAUGUGUCCGAAUUGCCCACCGCCAGCGACAACAAGAGCCCGCGCCCCGCUCCCAUGACAAUCCCCAGCGCCGCCCUCGGGCCCUCGGCCCCGCCCCCCAAGAAGCAGGUGAAGCGCCGCCACCGCCGCAAGAGGAACAGCUUCGGCCCAUUGGACUGCGUGGAGGCCAAAAACCCGCAACGCAGCGAGACGCGGUCGGAGCGCCCCUCGCGCGACCCCCCGGCGCGCUUCCGCUGCCUGGACUCCACCUCGGAGGACGAGAAGCCGGCGAACCGCAGUUGGGCUCAGGAGAAGUCCAGGCGGGCUCGCCACCGCAGCCGGAGCAAAAGCGGCGAGGAUGUGACCGAGGUGAUGGAGUUGCAAUCGGUGAGCUCCAACGAGUGCAAGGAGGACCGCCCCCUAGUGGUGGACGAUGGCGUGAAAAAUCGACGUGGCAAAAGUAGCAGCGGCGGCAGCGGGCACAGCUCGCUGAGGGAAAGCUUGCCCAGUAUGGACAAGGAGCCCAGUCCGCCUGACAGCUCGUCGGAGGACGGCGAGAAGGAGAUGAUUACGAAAAAGUAUCAGGAGAAGGGGGCAGGGCACGGGGACAUGGCGGCGCCCGCGCCUCAAAAGCGCUGCGGCGCCAACGGCGCGCCGCCUCGCGCCUGCUCCGAUGACUCCGAGUUGGAGGUGUGCAGGAUCUGCCACUGCGAGGGCGACGAGGAGUGUCCGCUCAUCAUGCCGUGCCACUGCACGGGUAGCCUGAGCUUCGUGCACCAAGCGUGUCUCUACCAGUGGAUCAAGUCCUCGGACACGCGCUGCUGCGAGCUCUGCAAGUUCGAUUUCAUCAUGGAGACCAAACUCAAACCUCUGCGCAAGUGGGAGAAGUUGCACAUGUCCAAAAGCGAGAGAAGGAAGAUCUACUGCUCGGUGUUGUUCCACCUCAUUGCCAUCGUGUGCAUGCUGUGGUCCGUCUACAUCCUGGUCAAGAGAACCACCGAGGAGAUCAAACUGGGCAAGAACGAGGAAUUAUGGCGGCUUUCGCUCCUGAAGUACUAUACCCCUCAGGGCGUCCUGGAGUGGCCCUUCUGGACCAAACUGAUCGUGGUGGCCAUCGGCUUCACGGGGGGCCUCAUCUUCAUGUACAUCCAGUGCAAGGUGUACCUGCAGCUGUGGCGCCGCCUCAAGGCCUUCAACCGCAUCAUCACCGUGCAGAACUGCCCCGACAAGAGCCGGCUCGCCAAUGGCAAGCGCCAGGCGCCCGCGGAGGGGCCCGCACCCUCGGACGCGUCCUCGGAGGCGGCGGUGGCGGCCAGGCACAAUCCGGUUUGAAGGUGGCAACAUUUUGCAUCGAGAUGGAUUGGACUUCAAGCGUGUGAACACGAGCAGGCCGGCAGGCAAGCGGCGAUCCGCCGCGAUGACCACCAAGAGCGAGGAUGAGGUCUCGGCCCCGGAAAGACUUGCUCAUGCUGAGUAAUGACUCCAUCAUGCCAUACUUUUGGGACACCUCCAUUCCCUUCAUGCACUUUGUCAAACCGCACGAAAAUCCCCUCGAUACGUACCGUUGAGCCCUGGGUAGGCAAAGUAAGCCCAGAAAUUUAAAAGAAGUGAAUUACUAUGAUGAAAUACAGGCGCAUGUAAAUAAAUGAGAAUAUCGGGAAAAUGUCCAUCGUGAAGUACACUGGGGCGGCGACUAAUGAUCAUUUUCAGAAUCUUGAAAUCUGUCGAUUACUUUGUCGAUUGAAUCUAUAAAUCAAGACCAAAAGUUUGAAUUUCUAGCCCUCCGUUGAAAAACAAAUUGACAGUGUGGAAAAUGCACAAACAAAUUCAGGAUGAAAAGUUGAUCCGACGGCUUUCACGGAGAAAUCGGGAGAAUAUUUACUCUUGAGAAGCCAAAACUUUUUUUGGGGACAAUUUUAAAUUCGAAAAGCCAUCUGAAUGAUUCAUCACUCAAAAAUAAUGAGCAAUUCGUUUCAUAAUCGGUUAGUGAUUAACCGUUGCGCCUCUAAAUGACCAUAUUUGGUCAUUUUGUUGAUUUUAUUCCAGGUAACAAUAAUCCAAACUCCACUAUCUCGAAAAAUUAAAAGAGAAACUAUUUU